UUGUGAAGUCAGCCCACGAGGCGGUAGAGUUUGAGAAGGUAGCGGUGGAUCCUGGUUUCCCCAUCCUCGCUGACAUGAACUUCAAUAAACAACAAGAGCACGUCUAUGUGAUGAGCAUCAACAAGGUCAGCAAGGUCAAAGUUCAGGAAUGUGACCUCUACGAGACUUGCGAGGACUGCAGCAUCGGCGCUCGCGACCCCUACUGCGGCUGGUGCACGCUCGAGAAUCGCUGCUCCACCAGGGCGCGCUGCAACAAUGCGAACGCGACGAAUCGCUGGAUAUCGGUGUCGUCGCGCGAGUGCGUGCGCUUCAUGGAGAUCAUACCGAGUCAGAUACCCGUCGGGAACGCUAACACGGUGGAGCUACGGGUAAACCGGUUGCCGGCGCUGCUACCAGGCUACGGCUACAGCUGUGUGUUCGGCACGGCCGCCCCCAGCCCGGCGAAGACGCCGCGAAACUCCGCCGGUCUGAUCUGCGACACGCCGCCCAUGCAGGAACUCGCAAUGUUUGCCGGAGACGGAGAUCAUUUCAGCGUACCGUUGUACAUCCGAUCUACGGAGACUAGCGUUGACUUCGUCUCCCACAUGUUCACCUUCUACAACUGUUCCGUACACGCCACCUGCUCUCAGUGUAUGCUCAGCCGGUGGGCCUGCAGCUGGUGUAUGUACAGCAACAGAUGCACGAACAAUCCCACACAGUGCGCCAUAGACAACCCUGGAGAGGGAGAGAAUCUGAACCUGGCGAGUGACACGGGCGACGUCGUGGUGACGGUCGGCCUGCAGCCGUGCAACGUCACCUCGCUCGCCGAGACGCAGCUAGUGUGCCACCCUCCCCCCGAGCAACCCCCGGGCGUGGACGACGCGGGACGGGAGAGGAGGAAGCUGCUACCCAUCGUCACGGUGAGUGCGCGCGUCUGCAAGUUGAACCCGGGGCGCGGCAACAUCGGGCAACACUAG